AUGGGCAUUGGAAAACUUGCAUUGUUUCUGCUAUACGCAUUUCUCUGUCAACUUGUUUUCUCCUCAUCUUUACCUCAUUUGUGCCCCAAUGAUCAAGCCCUUGCUCUUCUUCAAUUCAACAACACGUUUACUAUAAAUUUUGAUGCUUCUUCUAGUGAUUACGAUCCUAAAACAGUUAAAUGGAAUAGGAGCACAGAUUGUUGUUCAUGGGAUGGAGUCAAGUGUGACGAGACGACAGGACAAGUGAUUGAGCUUGAUCUCAGUAGCAGCCAACUUCGAGGCAAGUUUCAUUCCAACAGUAGCCUCUUUAAACUAUCCAAUCUCAAAAAGCUUGAUUUGUCUUAUAAUGAUUUUUCUGGAUCGCUCAUUUCACCUAAAUUUGGUGAGCUUUCUAGUUUGACGCAUCUUGAUUUGUCGUAUUCAAGUUUUACAGGCCUAAUCCCAGCAGAAAUCUCUCAUCUUUCUAAAUUACAAAUAUACGGGAUAUUGCCCGAAGGAGUUUUCCACCUUUCCAACUUGGAAUCUCUUGAUUUAUCGGGCAAUCCCCAGCUCACUGUUAGGUUUCCCACAUCCAAAUGGAAUAGCAGUGCAUCACUAACGAAGUUAAAUAUCAGUAGUGUGAAUGCUACUGGUAGGAUACCUGAAUCAUUUGGUCAUCUAACUUCACUGCGUACAUUGAGAAUAGCUUCUUGUAAUCUCUUAGGCUCUAUUCCUAAACCUCUACGGAAUCUCACCAACAUAGAGGAAUUGUUCCUUGGAGAUAACCAUCUUGAAGGAUCAAUUUCUGAUUUCUUUAGAUUUGGAAAGCUCAGGUCGUUAUCACUUAGAAAUAACAACUUUGAUGGCCAACUUGAGUUUUUAUCCUUUAGCAGAUGUCGCAACUGGAAUCAUUAG